UUCAGUACCUACUUCAUUAGCGUUUGUUUGGUAAGCUUCCAGCUUUCGCAGACAUGAAGUUAAAAUUAUUGUUCCUAUUAUUAUGUGCUCAAAACAUUCUGAGCGCUCAUCAGAACAAGCACAAGUACCUGAACCAAGGUGAUCGUUACCGAAACCUGCUCGAACGAACCUACGUGUCAGAUUACGAAGGAGCACCGGCAGGCGACGUGGAUUGUGGGCAGCCUCUUAUCUUGACUCCGUACAUACAGCAGAACAAGACAGAUGAGGCUAGGCGUGCAGCCCACGUGGAUUCCAAGCAUUUUGUACCUGGAGUGGACAGCUAUGCUGGAUAUCUGACUGUGGACAAAGAAUAUAACAGCAACCUGUUUUUCUGGUAUUUUCCCGUCAUGAGGAAGCCACUCAAUGAAACCCCACUGAUCCUGUGGCUUCAAGGAGGCCCCGGGAGUUCCUCGCUGUACGGCCUGUUCGAGGAAAUAGGCCCUUAUACGAUUACGAAGGAUUUAAAAGUCGAAGCAAAGAAUCAUUCUUGGAGUAAGGAGCACUCUCUCCUGUUCAUUGACAAUCCAGUGGGCACCGGCUUCAGUUUUACCGACUCCGAUGAUGGAUAUUCAACCAAUCAACCCACGAUUGGAGAAAACCUCUACAAGGCUCUGCAGCAGUUCUUCACAAUAUUCCCUGAACUUCGCAAGGCGCCUUUCAUCAUCGCGGGGGAGUCGUACGCCGGCAAGCACAUCCCUUCCGUAGCGAUCCAGAUUCUAUGGCACAAAGGCAAGGAUCAACCCAUCAAUCUACAGGGUCUAGCCAUCGGCAACGGUUUCGUGGACCCGGUAACGCUUCAGAGGUUCAGCUACUUGGCUCGCGAGAUAGGCCUAGUGGACGACAAGGUAGCCGACGAAGUACGCGAAGCUGAAGAGGACGUGGUCAAGUGCAUAAAUGAGAAGAAACUCGAAGAAGCUUUUGAUUAUCUGAUCACAGCGAUGUUUACGGUGGACUUGAGAGCGCACCUUAACAAUCCGUACAACAUUUUGAGCGACAGCGUGGAACUUUUUGGCGAUUAUGUGAAGUUUGUACAGCAACCUGAAAUAAGGCGCGCUUUACACGUCGGGAAUACAUCAUACACUAACGUCGGCAUAGUGUAUGGCAAGCUUGUACCCGAUUUUAUGAACAGUGCCAAGAGUUGGCUCGAAGAACUACUCGAUCACUACAGGGUUAUGGUUUACAAUGGGCAUCUAGACACAGUGGUGGCGUAUCAUCCGUCCGUCAACACGUACAAUUCCCUCUCGUUUGCCGAUGCUGAGAAAUAUAAAACUGCUAAACGUGAAGUUUGGCUUAUAGGCGAACAUGUAGCUGGGUACUACAAGAAAGCCGGCAACUUCCUGGAGGUGAUGGUGCGCAACGCGGGCCACAUGGUGCCCGUGGACCAGCCGGCCGCGGCGCAGGCGCUCAUCACCGCCUUCGCGCGAGACCUGCCGCUCAACAUAGACCCCUUACCCACCCAACUUUAGUUAUACUUAUUAUUUAGACCUUGACUGCAAUCUCAUCUGGUGGUAAGUGAUGCAGUCUAAGAAGGAAGCGGGCUAACUUGGAAAGGGUAACCUGCCGCUCACCAUAGACCCCUUAUCGGUCUCUACACGGCAUCGUACCGGAACGCUAAAUCGCUUGGCUGCACGGUUUUGCCGAUAGGGUAAGUAGAUACGCCCGUAGCCUCCCACAAGAUCAGAGACAAUUUAGAAAUUAUAAAUUCCCAAAAUUCCAAAGGGCCUCUCCCCUUUGGAAUUUGGGAAUCAGUUCUGAAUGAUUGUAAUCAAUAAAUAAUUUAAAAUCAAACAAUCUUUCCGUCUUUGCAGUAUAAAAUAUAUUCAUUCUCAAUCAAUAUGUAUUAAUCUAAAUACAGACUAAUCAAAAGUAUAAAAGUAGAAAUAAUAACUACAAUAACAACAAUUAUGCACCAAAAUAUCACAACAGUAACUUGUAAUGUAAGUUGGACUUUUAUUUUAUUUAUAACUACCUAGACUAGAUGACGCCUGUGACUUUAUCCGUGUGGAUUUAGAUUUUUUUUAAUGUUAUGGUAACUCUUUGAUUUUCUGGGAUAAAAAGCAGCCUGUCUUUCUCGGAAUGCAAGGUAUCUCUUUACCAAAGAUCAUCAAAUUAAUUGACAAACAAUUUAAGCUUAAGACCUAAGAUAAAUAACUUAAUUUAAUAUUUUCGGUUGCUAGACAUGGUCCUAUAGGUCCAUUUUGUUAAGAUUAAUUUGUAAAAAAAAUCUAUAAAAUUCUUACAAAAAUUAUAUCGACGGUUAAAAGUCUAUAAAAAGAAUACCUAUUUCAAGUCGCUUAAAUUAAGUAGGUAGGUACACCGAAAUAUUGUAUAACUAAGUAACCGGCGCUUUUUGAAUCGCCAAUAUCAAAAUAAAGUUCAUCUUGACCUCUGAUGAAAUUGUACAUGAUUUAUAUGUAGAGACAUCGCUAUGCCAAAGUAAGUAUGUAUAUCAUCACUCAAGGGCAGGUUGAAAUAAUUGUUACACCCCCUUCUCCACCGAUAACUAUACCUAUCAACAACAACGCGUUCAAUACAACACGGGCUAUCCAGAACCAGAACUUUUAGAUAAAAUUUCAGAAGUCCCUAAAUCCAUGUACUCUUGAUACUUUGGGUCGGGUUUCAUGAGUUUUUAGUGCAAUGACACUGGAAAUUCUUGACCCCUGGUGAAAUCGUAGAUGAUUUCUCUAU